CAGCAGGCAGAGAUCAGCUCCUUGAGCCUUUACAAAAAUCUCUCUCUCUCUCUCUCUCUCUCUUUUCCCACAAACCGCCUACAUAUGAUAUCAUUAGAUAUUAUGAUAUCAUUUUGUUCUAAAUUUCCCCAAACCCUUAAAGCUUCUGUGUAGGUUUUGAGGCUCACCUUUUUCUUUUCCCUUCUCUCUCUCUCUCUCUCUCUCUCUCUCUCUCUCUCUUCAGUUAAAGUUAAGACCAAAUUCUGGUUUGUUUCUCUUCUUCUUCUUUCUGUUGUUAAAGCAAACCUUAUAGCUCUCUCCAAACCCAAAUCCACAGUUUCUUCUUCUUUCUUUCUUUCUUUCUUUCUUUAUUUAGGGUAAGUAAGUAAGUAAGUAAGUAUAUAGCUUUUAUCUUCUCCUCUCUGUGGGUUUCAACAAAAUUGAAGCUUUCCCUUCUUCCUCUUUCUAUUUUGAACAAAACCCAGUUCUUAGAUUUCAAAUUCAAUCACUGGGGUUUCAGAAGCUGGCUCCUUUUUGUUUACAGUGAUGAGAAUUCACAAUACCAAGUUGAUAUCAAGCUUGAAUGAUAGAAGAAGAAGAAGGAGGAGCUUCUAAAACGACGGCGUUCAAAGAAGAAUAUCAAAGGGUUUGAGCAUGAAGAGCAGUUUAGGGAGCAUCACCAGCUCUGAUCUCAUAGAUGCGAAGCUUGAGGAGCAUCAAAAGUGCGGAUCAAAGCAGUGCCCAGGGUGCGGACACAAGCUUGAAGCCAAGCCGUGUGCAGGAUUGGUUAGGUCUACCAGCAGGAGUGAAAUUUGACCCGACAGACCAAGAACUGAUAGAACACCUUGAAGCUAAAGUUGAAGCUAAAAAUGAUAUCAAAUCUCACCCUUUGAUCGAUGAGUUCAUUCCUACAAUUGAAGGUGAAGAUGGGAUUUGCUAUACUCACCCUGAAAAGCUUCCUGGAGUUACAAGAGAUGGGUUGAGUAGGCAUUUCUUCCACAGGCCAUCAAAAGCCUACACGACAGGAACAAGAAAGCGAAGAAAAAUCCAAACGGAAUGCGACUUCCAAGGCGGCGGCGAAACACGGUGGCAUAAGACCGGCAAAACACGACCGGUUAUGGCCAGCGGCCGCCAAAAGGGCUGCAAGAAAAUCCUCGUACUUUACACCAACUUCGGAAAAAAUCGAAAACCCGAAAAAACCAACUGGGUCAUGCACCAAUACCAUUUGGGCCAACACGAGGAGGAGAAAGAAGGCGAGCUUGUCGUUUCUAAGAUAUUUUAUCAGACACAGCCACGUCAGUGCAACUGGUCGUCGGCCGAGAAGGGCGGCGGCGGCGGCAUCGGAGAGGUUACUGGCGACAAUGUUGUUCUUAGUAGUAGGAGGGAGAGUGGGAGCGGGAGUUGUUCUUCUUCUCGGGAAAUGGCGACCCCGAGAGACGAAAUGUCUCCCGUGGGCGGCAGUGGCGGUCUUUGUCCUCCGCCACAUAUCGCCGUCACUUACGGCGGAUUGGAUCACAUUCAACAAUUCAAAGCCGAUCAUUUUGGGUUUGGUUCCUUCAGGAGAAACUUCGAUGAGGUUGGCAUUGGAGAAGCUUCAACGACGAGAGAAUCCGCCCCGACUGAGGACAUCGGAGACCACCACCGUCACCACCACCUUCAACGGCAGCAUCACCAUCCAAUGGCGACAACUGCAUUUCAAAUCACCCGACCUUCAAACCCAAUCUCGACAAUCAUCUGCCCGCCUCCUCUCCACCAUUCCUCGAUCAUUCUCGACCAUGACUCGUACCGUGUUUCUCCAUUGAUACUGCAAAACGAAAGCUUUCAGCAACAGCAACAACAUCAUCAUAAGCUAGGAGGGAGGUCUGCUUCUGGUUUGGAAGAACUCAUAAUGGGCUGCACUUCCUCUAAUAUCAAAGAAGAGUCAACCAUGGGAAGCAACGCUCAAGAAGCAGCAGAAUGGAUGAAGUACUCGCCUUUCUGGCCUGACCCUGACAACCCAAAUCAUCAUUGAUAGAACCAAAAAAGGACCAAAAAACAAAACACAAAACACGAAACACAACACAAAACAAAACACCCAAGAAGUUUCUUCUUCCUUGAAGAGACAGACAGACAGACAGACAGACAGACAGACAGACAACAUUAUUACUCCUCCCAAGCUUCUCUCUUCGAUUUCUCUUGGAAACAAAAUAAUCCCAUUUCUUUGUCUUCUUUUUUAUUAAACAAAUUCCAUGCUGGAAAAGAAAAGGGGGGAAAAAAGAAAAAGAAGAAAAAAAAAGGGUGCAGCUUUGGAAGGAAAAGGGUGAAUGAAAGCAAGAAAAAUGCAGUCAGAGGCAUCAAAAUCACCACCGUUAUCAUUACAGUAUCAUCUUCUUCAUCACUUAUUCUUUCUUUAAUUUUGAUUGUUUUUUUUUUCUUCUUUUUUUUCUGUUUUUUUGUUUUGAAAUUCUUGUACAGUUCAUGUUUUUAUGUUGUUUCUUUUUUUGGAAUUUACACAGAAAUACACCAGAAAUUGAUAAGCGUUUCUAUCCCAUUGAGCUUGAGCUUCUAUUAUCACUGAUUGUUUGUGUUGUUAGGAAAGUUGAUAUGCAAUUACAGGUAAAGAUUGAAUUUUUGUUUUUGUAUGUAUCUUCAACUUUAUGAGCACUUUGGAGAAAAUUAAGAUGCUGCAUGCUCCUACUAC